AAAAAAGAAUCGUGAAACGAAUCCAAGCCAUGAAAGUGAGAAGUUACCCCGGCAGAGCAGUGUUGGAGGAUCCAGAAUUACUGUUGGACCCUGACGCGACUCGAGGGAGGGCCAUGGAGCUUCUCUACGAGGCCAGUUGGCGAGAGUGUGGCGUGAACUGGACCGGCAAUGGAAGAAGCAAGCCUCCGUCGAGGGAGGACGAAUACAGGCAACCUUACGCCGAGGUGAUCUCCCAGCUCGAGGGUGUUCUUGGGGAUAGCCGCGUUGGAUCAUCCGCGAGAGAGGAGUCGGAGUCGAGGAGAUCGAGCAGCACUGGGACCAGUGACAGCGAAUCGAGCGAACUCAACCAGCCUGGAAAUAACAAAGGUGGAUUUCUCAUACCGAGGCCGAGGCUGAUCGUACCGGUUCACACCUACGCCAGGAGACGAAGAACCGGCGCCCCUCCUCCGCUCAGAAGGCGACAAAUACGCGAAGAGGGGAAGGUCGAGGUGUCGCGUGAUGGUAAAUAUUUGAGCACGUUGGCACCAGGAAAGGUACUUGGCGAACUGGCAAUUCUCUACAACUGCAAAAGAACAGCGACGAUAACAGCAGCUACCGAUUGCCAGCUAUGGGCCAUCGACCGACAAUGCUUCCAAACCAUUAUGAUGAGAACCGGCCUUUCACGGCAGGCCGAAUAUACGGAUUUCUUAAAGAGCGUUCCUAUCUUCAAGAAUUUGCCCGAGGAGACUCUAAUAAAAAUUUCAGACGUGUUGGAAGAGACUUUUUACAACAAUGGGGAUUACAUAAUCAGACAAGGAGCGAGAGGGGAUACAUUUUUCAUAAUAAGCAGAGGACAAGUUCGCGUCACGAUAAAACAGCCCGAUACACCGGAAGAAAAAUAUAUCAGGACGCUGAGCAAAGGCGAUUUCUUCGGUGAAAAAGCUCUUCAAGGGGAUGACCUGAGGACGGCCAACAUAAUCGCCGACGAUCCGGAAGGAGUGAGUUGCCUGGUGAUAGACCGUGAAACGUUCAAUCAACUGAUCUCGUCCCUGGACGAAAUUCGUACGCGAUACAAAGACGAGCUCGUGGAGCGUAGAAGGUUGAACGAGGAAUUCAGAGAUCUAAGACUGCAAGAUCUUCGACCAUUGGCCACUCUGGGUGUGGGCGGUUUCGGAAGAGUCGAAUUAGUUCAAAUAGCUGGUGACAGUUCGAGAUCCUUCGCUUUGAAACAGAUGAAGAAGGCCCAGAUCGUUGAAACGCGACAGCAACAACACAUUAUGUCAGAGAAGAGAAUUAUGGGCGAAGCUGAUUGCGAUUUCGUGGUGAAACUAUUCAAAACGUUCAAGGAUAGGAAGUAUCUUUAUAUGCUGAUGGAAGCAUGCCUUGGUGGCGAGCUCUGGACCGUUCUAAGAGACAAGGGUCACUUUGACGAUGGCACAACGAGAUUUUACACCGCUUGUGUCGUAGAAGCAUUCGAUUAUCUUCAUUCUAGGAAUAUUAUAUACAGAGACCUGAAGCCGGAAAAUCUGUUGCUUGACAGUCAAGGAUAUGUAAAACUGGUCGAUUUUGGUUUCGCCAAACGUUUGGAUCAUGGAAGAAAAACGUGGACCUUCUGUGGCACGCCUGAAUACGUUGCGCCGGAAGUUAUAUUAAAUAAAGGACACGAUAUCAGUGCCGAUUAUUGGUCACUUGGCGUUCUCAUGUUCGAACUUCUUACGGGUACGCCACCAUUCACCGGUGGCGAUCCAAUGAAGACUUAUAACAUUAUUUUAAAAGGAAUCGACGCCAUAGAAUUUCCUAGAUCUAUCACGCGAAACGCGACUGCGUUGAUCAAAAAGCUCUGCAGGGACAAUCCAGCAGAGCGUCUUGGUUACCAAAAGGGUGGCAUUAGCGAGAUACAGAAGCACAAAUGGUUCGAUGGUUUUAAUUGGGAAGGUUUAAGAGCAAGAACUCUUGAACCUCCCAUCAUGCCGCGAGUUCAAAAUGCUACAGAUACAACGAACUUCGACGAGUAUCCUCCAGAUUCAGAUCCACCACCGCCUGAUGAUAUAUCCGGAUGGGAUAAUGAUUUUUAGUCAAGAUCUAUAUAAUAAUUCCUUUAAAGAAAGAAAGAGAAAGAAGUACGUGAAACUUCGAACCGUGUUCGACAAAUAGCGAAAAAAAACGUUAAAAGAUCGGUGGAGAAUGUGACUAUCGGCAUCUGCAUUUAUUCAAUAAGCUAAUAUGUGAUGCAUAGAUAAUCGUCUAGGAUCAUCGAUCAUCGAUCAUCGAAAAACGAUAAAGACGAAACUGGUCUGUGAUAAAAGAGUCAGGCCAUUGAAAAGUAAGUUUUUUUU